AUGACAGGGUUAGGAGAGGCUGAACUGCCCACUGCUUCGGAUAACGAAGAUAAGGAGGAACCAGUUGAAGAUGUUGAAGUAGAUGCAUCCCAGAAUAAAGAUUUUGGACUGGUUAAACAGUGUAAAGAUAACGCACAUCUCAAAAUCCUUGUGCCUUCUGUGGCUGCAGGAGCAAUUAUUGGUAAGAAUGGUGAAGCUAUUACAAAUAUACAAAAUUGCACUGGAGCAAAAGUUAAAAUGUCGAAGGCUAAUGAUUUCUACCCAGGAACCAAUGAACGCGUUUGUUUAAUUAUUGGAACUACGGAUGCAAUAACUAAAGUCUACGAUUAUAUUUCUGAAAAAAUUUACGAAAAACCAGAGACAAUCUCGCGUAUGGUUCCCGAUGGCAGGGUUCCAUAUGAACGACACAAGCAGGUGAAGGUUCUGGUGCCAAAUAGUACUGCAGGGAUGAUUAUUGGCAAAGGAGGCAGCUUUAUAAAGGAAAUUAAAAGUAAAACUGGAGCUUUCAUUCAAGUUUCUCAAAAAUCCAGGGAAAUGAGUCUUGCUGAAAGGUGUAUAACAGUUGGUGGAGAGUUGAAUCAAACGCGCGAGACAAUGCGAUUGCUUCUCACCAAGAUCGCGGAGGAUCCGCUCUCCUCCAGCUGUCCAAAUAUCUCCUAUGUGGAUGUGACAGGCCCAGUAGCAAGCGCCUACCCAACUGGCUCCCCCUAUGCUCUCUUUUCUGCACCCCCUCCUGGCCCACAUCAUCCCAACGCGGCCGCAGGCCUCUCCCCCUGCUCACCACCCAAUCGAUGUUUUAUGCACCCACCGCCACCACAGCAGGCACACUCCCACCACCAUGGAGGUGGUAGUGGCGGGGGUCAUUUGCCUUCUCCCACAGCCCCUAAUGGUCGGCUUGACCCCAGUCGUCGUAUGAUGAAUGGACGCGGAAAUGGUGCUCCACAAAGCCUCCUUGGUGCUGCAUCAAUUCCACCUCAUGUUGGUGGUAGUGCAGGAGGAGGCGGAGGUGGAGCUAAUUUCUGGCCAUCCUCUUCUUCCCCUCCUUUCCCAAUCUCUCUGGAUAUUGUAAGAGCUUUUCUUCAUUCGACAGGAUACACUGAGGAUGCUAUGGAAGAAAUUACCCAUGCUAUACGGGUCCUGAAUGCCUAUGGACUGCUCUCGCUGACAAAUCUGGCUUCUUGGGUUGGCUUUGGUAGUGGGUCUAGGGGUCCCUUGAACCCCAUUCCAAAGAAUAUUCAGGAAGUCCCCCCUCCUUCCGCCUCUUCGCAAUUCGGGUCUUCCGGAGGUUUCGUGUCUACGUGUCCCCAGCAACAACAACAACAACAACAGCAGGCGUGUGGACAGCAACCACAACAAACCUCUUCGGGGUCGGAUUCCCUCUAUCGGCUGCAGGAUAAUGGAGGUGGCCCAAGUAAUGUUCCAGCUACUGAUAGUGGUGCAGACGUUGGUGGCUCUCGAUAG